UGCUGGAAUAUUUUUCCCCAGCUGCAACUUACCACACUACAUCGACACCGCAACACGAACGCGACAAGCAUUUGAAGAGUUUACCUGACGGAACGGCGUUUACACUCUCCUUUUCUUUUCAGCGAGCGAGCGGGUUUGACCAAUGCGAUUGAUCUGUUGAUCCUGUGUCUUCCCCUACAUCCCAGAUCGAUCUUGAAACAACAACAAGCACAAGCAGGAGGAGGAACAGCAAACAUGGACCUCCAAGACCUCCAAACCCGCCUCAACCUCUUCCUCGACCACGCGGCGACCACCUUCCAAAAGGUCCCUGGCAGCGCAGUCCUCAUCCGCUAUGUCAGGUCCAGCUACCAAAACGACCCCGUCAGAUCCGCCAUCGAGCUGGUGCUGGUCAUCUUCUUCAUCCGCUAUCUCCUCAGCCCAAGUUACUCGACCAGCAAGGUCAACUACGUCAAGCUCACCGAAGAUGAAAUCGACGAACUAGUCGAAGAAUGGACCCCCGAACCCCUCGUCGCCCCUCUCACCCCCCUAGAAGAAACCUCGCUCGAGAAACUCCCCAUCCUCGUCGGCCCCUCGGGCCCCAAAUCCAAACUCUCCACCGGCAAAACCGUCACCAACCUCGCCUCUUACAACUUUUACAACCUCAACGCCAACGAGCAAAUCAAGGAGAAAGCCAUCGCCACUCUUCGGACGUACGGCGUUGGGCCCUGCGGUCCUCCCCAGUUCUACGGAACGCAGGACGUGCAUAUGAAGGCCGAGGCCGAUAUCGCUAGCUACCUAGGCACAGAGAAGUGCAUCGUCUACGCCCAGGCCUUUUCGGCGAUUUCGUCCGUGAUUCCCUCGUUUUGCAAACGCGGGGAUGUUAUCGUGGCUGACAGGGCGGUCAAUUACUCUAUUCGGAGAGGGUUGGAGAUCAGCAGGAGCAACAUCAAAUGGUACAACCACAACGACUUUGAGGACCUGGAGCAAGUCAUGAGGGGCGUUGUGGCGGAGCAGAAGAAGAAGGGCAAGCUGACCAGACGGUUUAUUGUCACCGAGGGACUGUUUGAGACGUGCGGGGAUAUGAAUAAUCUGCCCAAGCUGGUGGAGCUGAAGGAGAAGUACAAGUUUAGGAUUAUUCUGGACGAGACUUGGUCGUUUGGCGUGCUGGGGCGGACGGGGAGGGGGUUGACGGAGCAUCAGAAUGUUGAUCCGACGCAGAUUGACAUGAUCGUGGGGAGCUUGGCUGGGCCGCUGUGCGCGGGGGGUGGGUUUUGCGCGGGUGAUGGGGAUGUGGUUGAGCACCAGAGGAUCGCCGCGGCGGCGUACACCUUUUCUGCGGCGCUGCCGGCCAUGUUGGCCAUGACGGCGAGCGAGAGCUUGAAUGUGUUGCAGAGCAACCCCGAGAUUUUGGCGGGGUGCAGGGAGAAUGUCAGGUUGUUGAGGGGGCAGCUGGCCGAGGGCAGGAGCGAGUGGGUUGUCUGCACGAGCGCGGCGGAGAACCCGGUGCAGCUUUUGGUGUUGAGGGAGGAGGUGGUGAGGGCGAGGAGGUUGGGGUUGGAGGACCAGGAGAGGUUGCUGCAGGAGUGUGUGGAUGAGGCUCUUGCGAACGGGGUUUUGAUCACCAGGCUCAAGGGGAUGAGCAUUUCUACUCAUAACAGCCUGAAGGAUGGGAGCUGGAUUGUCCAGCCUGCGCUCAAGGUGUGUGUCACUUCGGGCUUGAGCAAGAAGGACAUCGAGAAGGCGGGGCAGACGAUCAGGCAUGCUAUUACCAAGGUUAUGACCAAGAAGGGGAAUAACAAGCUUAACUUGCCUGCUGCGUGAGGGGGAUUGGGACGUGCUAUUAUAUAGACGAUGGGAUGAUAGAAUGGGGUAGACCGUGGUGGGGGUGUAAUAAUGAUGAUGGUUGGUUAAUGCUGCAGAGGGAAAUGGAUGGAUGAGAUGGGUAUAUAUAUAUAUAGAAAAGGGUUAAGGGAUGAAGAUAUGAACAGCG